GGGGGGAAAUCGGUCAGGCUGGAGUCCCUCAAGCGUUGGAAUGGGGAGGGGGUGGCGUGGUGUGAGCGGGGGGUGCAGGCGUUGCUGACAGCCGUGGGGGCCUUCGCUGCCUUCGGCCUCAUGACCAUCGCCAUCGGCACCGACUACUGGCUGUACGCCAGGGCCUUCAUCUGCAACACCAGCAACGCCUCCGGGGGGGGGGAAGAGGGGGGACAUCGAGACCGAAGGGACCCCGGGGGGCUCACCCACUCCGGACUAUGGAGGAUCUGCUGCUUGGAAGGCCUGAAGCGAGGGCUGUGCCUGAAGAUCAACCACUUCCCCGAGGACAUGGAGUACGACCACGACAGCGCCGAGUACCUGCUCCGGGUGGUCCGGGCCUCCAGCAUCUUCCCCAUCCUGAGCGCCGUGCUGCUGCUGCUGGGGGGGCUCUGCGUGGCCGCCAGCCGCCUGCAACGCGCCCGCACCAGCCUGGUGCUGGGGGCCGGGAUCCUCUUCGUGGCUGCUGGUCUGUGGGGGGGCAAUAUUCCAUGGGGGGGGUCCCCGAUAUCCUGGG